AUGCCCCCACCGCGCCGCGCGCUCAAAGAGGGCCGUGUGGACGCGGACGGGCGGGCCGAGGCUCGCCAGCGUUUGCGCGCGCGGUGCAUGGCACACCUAGAAAAAGAGCGCGAUGUAAAACGUGCGACUUCGCUGGCCAAGGCACGAAACAUGGACAGCGACUGGUGGAACGAGGCACUGGCCUCGGAAAAGGCGUUCCAGGCGCUGAGCGAGGAGGAGAUUGGACAUAUCCUACGGGACGAGUACCUGCGCGCCAAGGCGAUCUACGAGCAGGAAGGUGCACGCGAAGUCGGUGAUAUUGAUGUCGACGAAAUGAUCGCACUCGAGGAGGAGAUCGCACAAGAAACACGGCGUGGCCAUGCCGAGGCACACGAUGCUAUGCAGGAAGACUAG